UCGACGGGAGGAUCGGAGACGCGCUCUGUGUCAGCGAGGGGGCGGCGGUGUUUUUAUAAAGCCCAAAUCAAGGCUCCUUGGAUUAAAACAUAUUUCUUUUUCUGCGCGGAAAUAGGAGGAGGAGGAGGAAGAAUAAUAAGAAGAAGAAGAAAGAGCCAACAGCUGCUAGCCGCGUCCGCGGAGCCCAUGUCGUGUCUGCAGCGCGCCGAGCAGCGCUCCGCGGCGGGGAAUGUCGCCGGGGUCCCCGGGCAGGUGUAGAACAACAAGCCGAGGCGAGACGAGCGCGCGCGGCAUUGAUGAGAGUUCGGCACGGUGUCCGCGAGGGGACUCCUGUCAGCCAUGUUAAGGUGAAGCCGAAAGACCCAGUGUUGAACAUGUUAAAGCGUUUGGACAAGAUAAGGUUCAGAGGUCAGAAGCGUGACGAAAUCCUGGAUCUGGCUGAGUCUCCGAACGCGUCGGACAAUGAGUGUGGCGAUGAGGUCCCCGUAAAGCCUAGGUCUUCUCUCAAAGACACCGAAGACCUGCGAGACCUCGCUGGGUCAGGAGCUCUCAGCAUGGCAGCCGCAAUACAGGACUUCCAGAGGUCAGAGUCUGAGCGGCUCAGCGAGGUGAAGGGCCAUCUGGAGAUCGCCUUGCUGGAGAAGCACUUCCUACAGGAAGAGUUGAGGAAGCUGAGAGAAGAAACCAACAUUGAAGCUUUAAAACAGGAGCUGGAGAAGGAAAAGACAAAGCGACUUGACCUUGAGCAAAAAAUGAAUGAAGUGAUCAGAAGCAGACUGGAAGACUCACCACCUCAACCUCCACGAAAACUGCAGCCGCCUGCUGUCAAUGGCACAGAGAAACAGAGGGAAACAAUGUUCUCGCGACUGCAGAAGUGGCUAUACGACAAGCUGGGCGUGUAUAUCGAGGACUUCCGCUUCCAGCCGGAGGAAAACACUGUAGAAACGGAAGAACCACUAAGUGCUAAGAGGUUAACUGAAAACAUGAGACGUCUCAAGCGAGGUGCCAAACCCGUCACAAACUUCUUAAGGAACCUUUCUGCCUUAUCGAACUGGCACUCCGUGUACACGUCAGCCAUCGCCUUCAUUGUCUACAUGAAUGCAGCUUGGCAUGGCUGGGUUAUCCCCAUGUUUCUGUUUCUAGCCAUCUUGAGGUUGUCCUUAAAUUACCUCAUUGCAAGGGGCUGGAGAAUUCAGUGGAGCAUUGUGCCUGAAGUUUCAGAACCAGAGGAACCUCCAAAGGAGGACCUGACAGUGUCAGAGAAGUUCCAGUUGGUCCUUGAUGUUGCACAAAAAGCACAGAACCUUUUCGGUAAGAUGGCUGAUGUUUUGGAGAAGAUCAAGAAUCUGUUCAUGUGGGUGCAGCCAGAAAUCACUCAGAAGCUCUACAUUGCUCUAUGGGUGGCCUUCAUCUCCUCCUGUGUGCUGCCCUACAAGCUCUUGGGCUUCAUGAUCGGUUUGUAUGCUGGAAUCAAGUUCUUCAUCAUUGACUUCAUCUUUAAGAGCUGCCCCAAGCUGCGGGACAAGUACGACACACCCUACAUCGUGUGGACCAGCCUGCCCACUGACCCGCAGCUGAAGGAGCGCAGCAACGCCACCUUGUCCCGACGGGUUCAGCCCACGGCGUCUCGCGGCAGCCUGGCGACCAACGUACCGUGCGGCAUGAGCCGCGACGAAGAAGGCGGGAGACCACAUAGCACAAAAAAGGGUGCCUUCCACGAAAUCUUUAACCUCCCAGAGAGCGAGCGUCCCCUACCAGUGUGUGAGAACGGGUGGCGGUGCUGCCUCAUUAACAGGGACAGGAAGAUGCCCACGGACUACAUUCGCAAUGGUGUUCUCUACGUCACUGAGAAUUACCUGUGCUUCGAGAGCUCCAGCUCCCGCUCCAGCUCCUCCAAAAAGAACAAAGUCAUCAAACUGACGGAAAUCACAGACAUACAGAAGUACAAAGUGCUCUCCGUGCUUCCGGGGUCUGGAAUGGGAAUAUCUAUUGCGACACCCUCCACACAGAAGCCCCUUGUGUUCGGCGCCAUGGUCCACCGCGAUGAGGCUUUUGAGGCCAUCUACACCCAGUACAUGAAAAUCGUGACGACCUCCGUCCCGGAGACCUAGCGCUGGCUCCUGCGCGGUCGGCCCUGCCCGUCACUGCAGGGCUGGAGCUCCUGAACACCCAGUCCUCCUCUUUACGCUUUACGCUCUCACAGGGUGUCUGUCGGUGGGGUGGGCCGCGUGCGUCGCGUCGCUCGCCGUGGCCGGUCAGGCCGCAAGCCACACCCUCUUCCUUUGCGGAGGCGAGGACAAGGUGGCCUUGCUGGCUUUGUGAUUGGUUGAGGAGGGCCUUCGUUUCGCUGACAUCUCAUCCCGGGGAGGCUGGUUCUCCUUUCCCACCUGACGGCGUCGUCGUGGACGACGCUUUUUAAAAUCUCUUCUAAUUCCCUGUGCAGGCCUUGCACUAGGAAUAUGUUGCACUUUGGAAGUGUGGCCUUUUUGUUGGUUUGUCUCAUCAUGUACACUUAAUGUGCUGAAACACACAUUUAAGAAAAAGCAUUUCUGUCAAGGUGGUUAGAAACAUCUUUUGAACAAUUUACACUAGAAACUCUGCGAAAGCAGUUGACGUUUUUAAAGGAUUGCGGCCUUUAUUUAGGAUGAUUAUUUUUCUGUAGGACUCAAAUGUUUCCUUAGGAUGCACUGAUCAGUGAUGAAAUGAAUGUGUUAAAAUCUGUUGAAAAGCACACGCUGAAAUAAUAUGGAGUCUAAUCUAGGCUAAACCGAAUUGUCUUUGCGUACAUGGCAUGUUCAUGCGUUACCGUGUAUAAUGUACUGUUUUGUAAGAGAACCCUUAAUUAGUUCUAGGAGGUAAAUUGAUAUAGCAAGAAACAUUUGUUCUUAUGUUAUACGAAUAAUUCACUGAGCUGGACUGUUGUUCCGUGAUGACCUUAAGGGUUUUGGGACAUUUUUUGUUACGAUUUAUCCCAUUGUCUUCUCCCAUUUGCUGUUGGUUCGGUUUUUAAUUACUCUAAGCUUAAGUGUUGCAGUCAUUAAUGGCUGUAAUUCAGUGACACAUGACAAUAAUGAAUACCAUUGUUUCUCAAGAGGGGGGGGGAGUUGCAUAAUUAUUGCAAGUAAUCUCAAGGUGGUCAAAUCCUCUUUAGUCAAUGCAAAUUAAGCCGCACAGUUUUAUAAUUGUAAAUCCGAACAGUGAGCCUAUUGUUUCUCUUAAUUUCUGGGGAAAUGCUGUAGGGAAUAUUUGUUUGCUGGUGCCCUUCUGUAUAAAAGCUGGUCUUUUUCUUUAUAGAAGGGGGUUUUAUCUUCAUAAAUUCAAUGCCAAAUCAGGUUUUGACUUGCUGUGUAAAAGGGCAGUUGGAUUAACUGGCAAAAUGCAUAUUAAAAGAAAAUUAUGGUGGUGAUGUUUUUGUCUUACAGCUGCACGGUUAUGCUCACUGGGAGUCUGUUGCGUUGAUUCGGUGGAACUUUUUUUUUUUCUCUUCCCCCCCCGGGUUGAUUGUGUUACGGUAACGUGCGAGUCUGUCUUAUCGCCAUUCCCGAUGUUCCCGGUGUGCCGUGGCACAUCAGCUGCUCUCGUGACUCUGAAAGCAGUAGAGAUUCUCACCAAAUGGCGAGAGGACCUGUCCAGCGGAGCGCAAACAUGCAGUCGUGUGUCUGUGCCCACGGGCUUCCGGAAGGUGCAAGCUCUGCUUGUCACGGAGCAGAUGCUGCAGGCUUUCUCCCGUAACCUCGAGGGAUUUUAAUUACUCCUAGUUUAUGUGAGGAAGCAAAAUUCAGGCCUUUCAAAAAAAAAAAAAAAGCGCUUGGAUGUAAAUAUUGCAGCGUGGUCGAGGGGACGGAAAUCGUAAAUCCCGCUCUUAGUCUUAUGUUGCCUUUUUUGGCUGUGCUGGUAACUCUGGCGCUGCAUUUGGGUUUUUACAGCACUGUGCAGCAAUGGAGCCUGCUGAGCGAGAGCAGGAUGUGUGAUGUAAACUGUGCUUUUGCCAACAUUUGCUGUCCAAGUCAUCGCUGGUCAGUGUCCUGCUCCGGAGGUGAUGUUUACAAGAGGCCGGCCAGCGCCCGCACCGUGGACGCCAGUUGGAACCCCGGACGAUGGGGGAAUGAAGACUGGAAGGACACCUCUCCCGACGAAUGCCGUUGCCGCGUUGCCUGCUCUCGGUGGCCACGUGACAGCUUGUGCACCUUUUCCUAAGUACAUGCUGCCGGUGUGCACCAGGGAAUGUGUAGCUCUGUUCCAGGGAGAGCCCUUGGCACCUUGGGCUCCCCAGCAACAUCCUUAAGGUCCUUGCUAUGAUCUUUGAACGUGUCCAAAUGGAGCUUGGAUUUUAUGGUAACGGAUGUGAUUAAAAGUAUUUCAAACCUGUA